AUGACCUACUACAAGGAAAAUGCAGCCAGACAGCAACAAGUCUCUGAAAUUGAUCCAGAAAAAUUUUCUGGUAGAAUAGAAUGUGAAAGUCCUAAUGAUGACCUCAAUCACUUUCGAGGCUUUGUUGAGAAUUCAAGCAAGGAUCGAGUGGGCCUCAGCAAGGAGAACUUAUUGCUGCGAGGAUGCACAGUAAGAAAUACAGAAGCUGUUGUAGGCAUCGUGGUAUACGCAGGUCAUGAAACCAAAGCCAUGCUGAAUAACAGUGGACCUCAUUACAAGCGCAGUAAAUUGGAAAGAAAAGUGAAUUCUGAUAUUCUGUGGUGUGUUCUGCUUCUAAUUUUAAUGUGUUUAACAGGUGCAAUUGGCCAUGGAAUCUGGUUAAGUAGGUAUUCAGAAAUACCUUUUUUUAACAUCCCUGAACCAGAUGGGAAAUCGCUAUCUUCUAUGUUAGCAGGGUUCAAUAUGUUCUGGACAAUGAUCAUUUUAUUACAGGUCUUGAUUCCUAUUUCUCUCUAUGUUUCAAUUGAAAUUGUCAAACUGGGACAAAUUUAUUUAAUACAGAAUGACAUUGAUUUUUACCAUGAGAAAACAAACUCUACAAUUCAGUGUCGAGCAUUGAAUAUUGCUGAAGACCUUGGCCAGAUUCAGUAUAUCUUCUCAGAUAAGACUGGAACACUCACUGAAAAUAAGAUGGUUUUUCGGAGGUGCAGCAUUGCAGGACAGGAAUAUUGCCAUGAAGAAAAUGCAAAGAGGCUGGAAUUCUAUCAAGAGAGGGAUUUGAAAGAUGAGGGUUCAGCUGAAGGUCCUUGUGCCUAUUUGGGCCACACGUCAAAAUGGAGGGGACACGACUGUGGAGCUGAGAAUGAAUCUUUGAACAGAAAGUCUUCAAAUCUGUUAUCUGGUAUUUACCCUGAAUUAGGAAGGGAGCAUUCAUCAAGUGAUGCUCCCUGCUCAGGACAUGUUGCUUUCAGCAGCUGCAUUGAAACAGAUGUUGUACCAGAUACACAACUGCUGGAGAAAUUCAGACAUAUUUCUUCUCUUUCCUAUCAAGAAUCAGAAGACGGCAUCAGCAAGUUAGCUUUGGAGACAAUGUACAUCACUGACUUCUUUCUUGCUCUGGCAAUCUGUAAUACUGUUGUUGUUUCAAUCCCCAAUCAGCCACGUCAAAAGAUGAGACGCUCUUCACUGGGAAGAAUGCCUAUUAAAUCCCUUGAGGAAAUCAGGCAGAUGUUCCAGAGGUUGUCAGUCCGUAGACUAAGUUCAUCCCCACUUCCGAGUAUAAAAGAAUCAUCAUCUGAAAACCCAAACAGUUUUGUGAGCAAACUGUCCAUUUUCAGAAUGAAACUGGCUUCACCUGCUUUGGAUGGGGCUGCUCAAAGUGCUGCUGAGCCUCACAAUCUGAACAGCCCCGAAAAUCCCCAGUUAACCAAAGAACAUUAUACAGCAAAUGUAGCUGCUGGCUGUGAAACCAGCAGUGCUGAGUCAUCUGCUGAAUGGUCUCCCUUACCUAAGCUUUGUUAUGAAGCUGAAAGUCCAGAUGAAGCUGCCUUGGUCCAUGCAGCUAAGGCUUAUAAAUGUAUUUUACAGUCUAGGACUCCUGAUCAAGUAACUGUGGAUUUUGCAGGUCUGGGAUCUUUAACAUUUCAGCUUUUGCAUAUCCUGCCUUUUGACUCAGUGCGAAAAAGGAUGUCAGUAGUGGUUCGGCAUCCAGUCUCCGACCAAGUGGUGGUGUACACAAAAGGUGCAGACUCAGUCAUGAUGGAUUUGUUGGGAACUGCAUCUGAAGAUACCGAGAAUUCAGAAAUGGAACAGAAGAAUAUUAAAGAGAGAACCCAGAAUCAUCUGGAUGACUAUGCCAGAAAGGGACUGCGCACUCUUUGUAUUGCUAAAAAGGUGAUGAGUGAUGAAGAAUAUACAGAGUGGUUAAAUAAUCAUUUUUUAGCAGAAACCAGCAUUGACAAUAGGGAGGAGCUUCUGCUGGAAUCCGCCAUCAGGCUUGAAACUAAACUAACUUUGCUGGGUGCCACUGGCAUUGAAGAUCGCCUGCAGGAUGGUGUUCCAGACACAAUACAGGCAUUACGGAAAGCAGGAAUAAAAAUAUGGAUGCUGACAGGUGACAAGAGAGAGACAGCUGUCAAUAUUGCCUAUGCUUGUAAAUUGCUGGAGCCAGAUGACAGAAUCUUCACACUCAAAUCACAAAGUAGAGAUGCUUGUGCUUUGGUGAUGAACAGUAUUUUAGAACACAUGCAAAAAAACACUGCUGACCAAAAAAAAGUAAAUCAGAAACUUGGGAAUGUCUCUGCAAGUCCUUCUACCCAAGCUCAAGGCUUCAGCGCAGGCCUGGUUAUUGAUGGAAGGACUUUAGAGCAUGUCCUUCAGGACAGCCUGCAGAAUGUUUUCUUGGAGCUUACAGAAAAAUGUCGAGCUGUAGUCUGCUGCCAAGCCACACCACUGCAGAAGAGUGUGCUGGUCAGACUGGUGCGAAAUAAGCUGAAGGCAAUGACGUUAGCUGUAGGUGAUGGUGCCAACGAUGUCAGUAUGAUCCAGGUAGCUGACAUUGGUGUGGGAAUCUUGGGCCAAGAAGGCAUGCAGGCAGUGAUGGCAAGUGACUUUGCAAUUUCUCAGUUCAAGCAUCUCAGGAAGCUGCUGCUUGUCCAUGGUCACUGGUGUUAUACCAGGCUUACCAACAUGAUACUCUACUUCUUCUACAAGAAUGUGGCCUACGUCAACCUCUUAUUCUGGUACCAGUUCUUCUGUGGGUUUUCAGGCACAUCAAUGACUGACUAUUGGAUCUUGAUUUUUUUCAAUCUCCUUUUUACAUCGGUGCCACCCAUCAUUUACGGUGUCUUGGACAAAGAUGUGUCUGCAGAGAUACUCAUGCAGAUCCCACAGCUGUACAAGAUGAGCCAGAAAUCUGUGGCCUACUUGCCUUCAACCUUUUGGAUAACCUUGCUGGAUGCUUUUUACCAAAGUCUUGCUUGCUUUUUUGUGCCUUACUUCACUUACCAUGGAUCAGACAUAGACAUUUUUUCUUUUGGAAACCCUAUAAACACAGCAGCACUUUUUAUAAUAUUGUUUCACCUUCUCAUUGAGUGCAAAUCCGUGACUUGGAUUCAUACAAUAGUUAUAGUUGGCAGCAUCCUAUUUUACUUCGUUUUUUCUCUGGCUUUUGGGGCAACCUACAGAACCCAUAAUCCACUAUCAAAUCCUUAUCGGAUCAUGGAAAAGCAUAUGGCAGACCCAGUUUUUUACCUAGUGUGCCUCCUGACUGCUUGUGUUGCUCUGCUACCCAGGUAUGUUUCUGUUUUAUAACCACAAGUUGCUACUGCUAACAAAGUGGUUUUCCUUAAUUUGUUGAUGCCUUAUUUUACCUAAAGGGGGCCUGUAGAAAAGAUAGGAAGAUAGUUUUCAUCAGGGAGUCUAGUGAUUGGAGGAAGGGGUAGUAACUUUAAACUAAAAACAGAUUAGAUUAGUUUAGAUAUUAGGAAGAAAUUCUUUGCUGCGAAGGUGGUGAAGAGUUGGAACAGGCUGCCCGGAGAAGCCGUGGAUACCCCAUCCCUGGAGAUGUUCAGUGCCAGGUUGAUCUGGUUGCAACUGGACCAUCUUUAAGAUCCCUUCCAACCCAAACCAUUCUAUGGUUCUAUUGCAAAGA